AUUGUGAUAAAUAUAUUGGACACUACAACGUUUCUAUGCGUAUAAUAUAUACGAUUAAUUUUGUGAAUAUUAACAUACGUACAUGUAUAUUUUUACCGUAUUCUUAGCUCUCACUGCACUCAAUGUUUGGUACUAGAUUUUUUUUUGUAUUUUACUGUUUCUCAAGUUUCCAUGUGCAAUAUACGGUACCUAUUGUAUACAUGCAUCACAUGCAUGUAUACAAUGUACAUAUUGGAUACAGGCCUACUGUAUUACAAUUAAUCAAUACAUUGUUAAUACUACACCUUUACACUCAUAGUGAAAAUGCUACUGUAGCAUAAUUCAACGUCAUUUGAUAUUACUUAACUUACCAACAUACAACGUCUGUUUUUAAUUUUUGUAAUUGCUUAUCUAUCAAUCUAAUCACGACGUCAAUUCCAAGUACAGUUCCAUACUUAUUAAGUUAAAGCAAUCCUAAAAUGUCCAUUAUGUUGUCAUUAUCUAGUGAGCAUAUACAGUAGGCGAACAAUGUAAAGGGUACUCAUAAAAUCUCUUUACAAUUGAACACAUUCAUUAAAAGCACAUUUUUUAAAAAUCGGUGGAAUCUGUGAAUAAAUCUGAUUCACAUAUGCCACCACUUUUUUAAUAGACUUUGUGAACACCCUGUAUGUAUUGUUUGUGGCCAUCAUCAUGUUAUUGGAAUUGUUACCACACAUGCUGUCGUUUCUGUAAUUGAUGUCACACGCAGAAACCCAGUUUCCAUGUCAUCAUUUUCCUGAAUACACACACACACACACUCACACACACGUACACUAAAGUGGUACGCUUCAGACACAUUAGACAGAGGAGGGUGGGGCGCCAGUAAAGAUUUCUUAAUGGGCUCUUUGGUCUUCUUGUCCAUCUGCUGCGAUGACAAACACGCAGCUUGUCCACAGCAGCCCGCUCUGCAAACAAGUCCUCCAUUUCACAUCAAAAAGCUCACUUCGAGCACCUUUCCCAAACCUGGAGCUUCACCUCUUCUUCCACUUUUUCCACUCACGAGGAUGAAAAAGUGAGAGGGUUUUAUUUUUCUGGAUUUCUUGAAGGAAUACGUGGAUGUCUGAUCACCUUCCAAGCACAUGGGGAGCCCCAUCCCAUCUGGACCCGAGUGACACCGUUCGUUCGGCCUCUGCGCUGACCUCACAGUCGGGAGGAUGCCGUCCCUGCACCACGGUGCCAUUUUCAUCGGCGCCUUCCUCAUCGUGACUGGCGGCUCCACCGCCUUCCUGGCCUCGUCACAGAGCCGCUUGCAGCCCUUCUCCCUGUGCUGCGUGGUGCUGGGGGUGGUCAUGCUCAUCCUGGGGCUCUUCUGGGCCAUGAACAGCAAGAGCACCUCCAACUACAACCAGCAGGAGUUUGACCCCGACUGCCCUCACUACCCUUACAAUGAAUACGCCGGCUACAGCAGCCAUGCCCUCUUUGCGCAUGACGGCAAUCGCUUCCCAGAGUCCCAGUCGGUGUUUCUGCCAGGGACUCUGGAUUGCCAAAGACAAGGCGCUCGCAGCGAGGACUUCGAUUAUCCCCCCAUGGAACCCGGCGGCUUCAGCCCACCGCCGCACCCCCCGCCCUGGCUGGGACCACCGCCUCCCUACGAGGUGGCCAUCAAAACCACAUGUAGCUCCACGCACCUGCGCCGCGCCUACUCCGACACGCACCUGGCCACCGAGCCGCUGUUCGGACGCUCCAGAGAGAUCAGCUUUGAGGUUUAAAAAA